AUGUCCGCUUUAGGCACUCAACCAGUGACCAUCAGCGAUGUUGACAUGGAGGCCUCCGGCGUCGAGCCUAUUGCACCACCACAAAGUAAUGCUACCGUCCCACCCACACCGACUGCCCCACCCACCCGAGCCUCGCUCGUCGAGGAACAAGACAUGACAAUGGUGCGAUUCAAUGGCCUCCUGCGCCACAUCACCAACAACAUCAAGUCACUGAAUGGCACUAUUCAGCCCCUCAUCCAGGAUGCCAACUCUACCACCUUUGUCGACAAUUUCGCCCAGGUCAUCUGCGUUGAGGCCAUAAAAAUAUUUGAACAUUUUCUUACAGACAUGGCCCCCUUUCAGUUUCACGAUUAUGACAACAAGCUGCCCGAGUUGUCCAUCCCACCCAGCUCUCAUCAGUGCCACGACACCACCCUCCCUGCAAGCAUCGACCUUCAGGCUGCAGUUGCCAAGGCCAUGGAGGACGGUGUCUGCAUGGCCAACAUGGCCAUCACCACGAGGCUUACAGCUAUCGAGGCACAACUUGCUCGCAACUGGCUGCCCCCGCCGCUCCCACCCCCAAAGCUGAAUGGCCUGCAGCAACCAUCUGCCAUGCCUGCUGGUCGCAAAUGCACUGAAGGCUCCAAUGUGGCAGCCACGGCUCAACCUACUACACAGGCACAUGCCGGCCCCACCAUGGCUCAAGUGGCUGCCAAGCCUCAUGAGAAAAGCUACGUGCUUCUUAUCACCUUCACGCAACACACCUCCAUCGAGGAGGGCAGAUCCAUGCCACAGUGGUAUGCCAAAAUCAAUACUUGCCUGUGCGAAACGCCAGCGUGGGCAAAGCUCAGUGUUGUACCCCGUGCAUCUUCGCCGGCACCGGGCCCACGCAAGCUGGCCACCGUGCUGCAGGAUUUCCAUCCGCUUGCUCCAGUCAUGAAAUUGUUCAUCCCAAGCUGCCCCCUUCGCCACCUAGACACGGAUGUUAUGCUCACUGAGGAGGAAAUCCUUGUGGAGCUUAGUUGCAACUCCAUGUUCUCCUCUGUGCAUUUCAAUGGACUACCAGCCUUCAUAAUUCCCUCUGAGCAGUGA